AUGCGUCCCCAUUCCUUGUCAAGCCCCACAUCCCCCCUCACCAGCCCCACAUCCCCCCUCAUCAGCCCCACAUCCCCCCUCAUCAGCCCCACAUCCCCCCUCAUUAACCCCGCUCUUUCGCCGUUGCGCCGUUGCGCUCUUGAGCCCCCCCCAGAGCAGCGGCGCCUCCUCCUCACAACCCCCCAGAGCAGCGGCGCCUCCUCCUCCUCACAACCCCUCAGAGCAGCGGCGCCUCUCCCUCACAGCCCCCCAGAGCAGCGGCGCCUCCUCCUCACAACCCCCCAGAGCAGCGGCGCCUCCUACUCACAACCCCCCAGAGCAGCGGCGCCUCCUCCUCACAACCCCCCAGAACAGCGGCGCCUCUCCUCACAGCCCCCAGAGCAGCGGCGCCUCUCCUCACAGCCCCCCAGAGCAGCGGCGCCUCUCCCUCACAGCCCCCCACAGCUGCGGCGCCUCCUCCUCACAACCCCCCAUAGCAGCGGCGCCUCCUCCUCACAACCCCCCAGAGCAGCGGCGCCUCCUCCUCACAACCCCCCAGAACAGCGGCGCCUCUCCUCACAGCCCCCAGAGCAGCGGCGCCUCUCCUCACAGCCCCCCAGAGCAGCGGCGCCUCUCCCUCACAGCCCCCCACAGCUGCGGCGCCUCCUCCUCACAACCCCCCAGAGCAGCGGCGCCUCCUCCUCACAACCCCCCAGAGCAGCGGCGCCUCCUCCUCACAACCCCCCAGAGCAGCGGCGCCUCCUCCUCCUCACAACCCCUCAGAGCAGCGGCGCCUCUCCCUCACAGCCCCCCAGAGCAGCGGCGCCUCCUCCUCACAACCCCCCAGAGCAGCGGCGCCUCCUACUCACAACCCCCCAGAGCAGCGGCGCCUCCUCCUCACAACCCCCCAGAACAGCGGCGCCUCUCCUCACAGCCCCCAGAGCAGCGGCGCCUCCUCCUCAGAACCCACCAGAGCAGCGACGCCUCUCCUCACAACCCCCCAGAGCAGCGGCGCCUCCUCCUCACAACCCCCCAGAGCAGCGACGCCUCCUCCUCACAACCCCCCAGAGCAGCGACGCCUCUCCUCACAGCCCCCCAGAGCAGCGGCGCCUCCUCCUCACAACCCCCCAGAGCAGCGGCGCCUCCUCCUCACAACCCCCCAGAGCAGCGACGCCUCAUCCUCACAACCCCCCAGAGCAGCGACGCCUCAUCCUCACAACCCCCCAGAGCAGCGGCGCCUCCUCCUCACAACCCCCCAGAGCAGCGGCGCCUCUCCCUCACAACCCCCCAGAGCAGCGGCGCCUCCUCCUCACAGCCCCCCAGAGCAGCGGCGCCUCCUCCUCACAACCCCCCAGAGCAGCGGCGCCUCCUCACAACCCCCCAGAGCAGCGGCGCCUCUCCUCACAACCCCCCAGAGCAGCGGCGCCUCCUCCUCACAGCCCCCCAGAGCAGCGGCGCCUCCUCCUCACAACCCCCCAGAGCAGCGGCGCCUCCUCACAACCCCCCAGAGCAGCGGCGCCUCUCCUCACAACCCCCCAGAGCAGCGGCGCCUCCUCCUCACAACCCCCCAGAGCAGCGGCGCCUCUCCUCACAACCCCCCAGAGCAGCGGCGCCUCCUCCUCACAACCCCCCAGAGCAGCGACGCCUCCUCCUCACAACCCCCCAGAGCAGCGACGCCUCUCCUCACAGCCCCCCAGAGCAGCGGCGCCUCUCCUCACAACCCCCCAGAGCAGCGGCGCCUCCUCCUCACAACCCCCCAGAGCAGCGGCGCCUCUCCUCACAACCCCCCAGAGCAGCGACGCCUCCUCCUCACAACCCACCAGAGCAGCGGCGCCUCCUCCUCACAACCCCCCAGAGCAGCGACGCCUCCUCCUCACAACCCCCCAGAGCAGCGACGCCUCUCCUCACAGCCCCCCAGAGCAGCGGCGCCUCUCCUCACAACCCCCCAGAGCAGCGGCGCCUCCUCCUCACAACCCCCCAGAGCAGCGGCGCCUCUCCUCACAACCCCCCAGAGCAGCGACGCCUCCUCCUCACAACCCACCAGAGCAGCGGCGCCUCCUCCUCACAACCCCCCAGAGCAGCGGCGCCUCCUCCUCACCACCCCCCAGAGCAGCGACGCCUCCUCUUCACAACCCCCCAGAGCAGCGACGCCUCUCCUCACAACCCCCCAGAGCAGCGGCGCCUCCUCCUCACAACCCACCAGAGCAGCGGCGCCUCCUCCUCACAACCCCCCAUAGCAGCGGCGCCUCUCCCUCACAGUCCCCCAGAGCAGCGGCGCCUCCUCCUCACAGCCCCCAAGAGCAGCGGCGCCUCUCCUCACAACCCCCCAGAGCAGCGGCGCCUCCUCCUCACAACCCCCCAGAGCAGCGGCGCCUCCUCCUCACAACCCCCCAGAGCAGCGGCGCCUCUCCCUCACAACCCGCCGGAGCGUUCUGUUUGCGGCCGUGUGCACUAGACAUCAGCCAACCAAUGGCACGCCAUGCUCAUCUGAUGGUGGGGAGCUGCAAGGGAUGCUGCUGCUUGCUGCUCUCGCCCGGGAGGAUUUGUCCUCCUCUGGACGACUCACUUUCUGCGUCCACGCUUCUCCUGUAG